CUGAAAUAAAAACCAAAAAAAGGGAGGGGAAAAUGUUGGCUGUGUUCAAGAAUGGAGUGAUUAACCCGCCAAAGGAGCUUCAUAGCGCAGCAUCGACAGCGGGUUAUGGGAGAUCUAAAACUCCAGAAGAAACUCUCAAGGAAUUUUUGGCUUCAAAUUCGAACAAUGGCUUUUCUCUGGGAUUUGUGGACAAGGCGAUUUUGGCCUAUGUCCCACCUCACGCAUCUGUCAAGCCCAACCAAAGAUUGUUCUGUGGUGUGGAUGAUGUGUACUGCAUUUUCAUGGGGAGUUUGAACAACUUGCCCAACCUCAACAAACAAUAUGGGCUUUCCAAGGGUGGGAAUGAGGCCCUUUUUGUGAUCGAGGCCUAUCGGACUCUCCGUGAUAGAAGCCCAAUGCUGGCCCAUCAGGUUCUGAAGGAGCUCGAGGGCAGUUUCGGGUUUGUGAUCUAUGAUCACAAGUAUGGGAUUGUGUUUGCUGCCCUUGGUUCGGAUAAGGCAGUGAAUAUGGUCUGGGGUGUAGCGGCCGAUGGCUCCGUAAUGAUCUCAGACGAUGUUGGGCUAAUUAAAGCAAGCUGCAUCAAAUCUUUUGCCCCAUUCCCUAACGGCACGGUGAGGACUAUGGCUUCAGAUUCUUCUCCAGAUCCCUGGGCCACAAGCCCAAUCAGCAACACGGGCUCGAGCCCUGGGCGCAGAAAACGCAACCGUCAAACCUCCUACGCCACUCCAUCUCCACUCCCGCCAUCUCCACUCCCGCAGGAUUCCGGCAAAAGUUCUACUCCGAUCGGCCAUAAAAGCACCCCACGUAGUCGGCGUAGGCGGCCAUUUGGCACCCCAGGUGCUGCUGCCACGCCGUCCUCGACCGACGGCGUGCCACCAACCUCCGAGGAUGACGAGGGAGAUGAUGAGGCCCCGGCCAUGUACGUGUGGGGCACAAACAUCAGCGUUCACGAUGUUAAUGCUGCAUUUUUAAGGUUUUUGAGAAAUUUUAGGGAAAAUCCUGAGCAGAUCGAGGAGGGGAAGUAUAUGAGAGCUAUUAACCAUGUGAUUGAAACUGAGGGGGAUUCAAUUGACAUUGAUGCACACGAUGUAUUUGAUUACGAUGGUGACCUGUAUACAAAGAUGGUUAGGUAUCCACUUGAAGUUCUUGCAAUUUUCGACAUUGCAUUGAUGGAAAUGGUUAGUAAGAUCAAUGAGGCUUUUGGGAAGCAUAUACAAGUCAGGGUUUUCAAUCUCAAGACUUCAACUUCGCUCAGAAAUUUGAACCCUUCUGAUGUUGAGAAGAUGGUCUCUUUGAAAGGGAUGAUUAUCCGGUGUAGCUCCAUUAUACCUGAGAUUAGGGAAGCUGUCUUCAGAUGUCUUGUAUGUGGUUAUUACUGUGACCCUAUUGUCGUUAAUGGAGGAAGAAUUGACGAGCCGACAGUUUGUGCAAGGCAAGAAUGUCUUUCUAAAAACUCCAUGACCCUUGUUCAUAAUCGGUGCAGAUUUGCUGAUAAACAAAUUGUGAGACUUCAAGAGACACCAGAUGAGAUACCUGAGGGAGGAACACCACACACAGUGAGCUUGUUGAUGCAUGACAAGCUAGUCGAUGCUGGCAAACCAGGUGACAGAGUUGAGGUUACUGGAAUCUACAGGGCUAUGAGUGUUAGAAUUGGUCAAACACAGAGGACUGUGAAGUCAAUAUUCAAGGCAAGCACCUCUAGCUUCACUAGUACUUACAUUGAUUGCCUUCAUCUAAAGACUUCGGACAAGUCAAGAAUGUAUGUGGAGGAUUCAGUAACUGAAAACUCAGAAAGUAAUAUUGAUAAUGCAUCAAUUCUUAAUGAUGAUGAUAAGGUCGAGAAACUAAGGGAGCUAUCUAGACAGCCUGAUAUAUAUGAAAGAUUGACUAGAUCUUUAGCACCAAACAUAUGGGAGUUGGAUGAUGUCAAGAAAGGUCUUCUCUGCCAGCUCUUUGGCGGGAAUGCAUUGAGUUUGCCAUCUGGUGCUAGUUUCAGAGGUGAUAUAAAUAUUCUUCUUGUUGGGGAUCCUGGAACUAGCAAAUCUCAACUGCUCCAGUACAUCCACAAGCUCUCUCCUCGUGGUAUCUAUACCAGUGGACGAGGAAGUUCUGCAGUGGGAUUGACUGCUUAUGUCACAAAAGAUCCUGAGACUGGUGAAACGGUCCUGGAGAGUGGGGCCUUGGUUCUGAGUGACAGGGGCAUCUGUUGCAUUGAUGAGUUUGAUAAAAUGUCUGACAAUGCAAGAAGCAUGUUACAUGAGGUUAUGGAACAACAAACUGUUUCAAUUGCUAAGGCAGGGAUUAUUGCUUCCCUAAAUGCAAGAACUUCAGUACUGGCUUGUGCUAAUCCAAUUGGUUCACGUUACAACCCUCGUUUGUCUGUGAUCGAAAAUAUUCACCUUCCUCCUACUUUGUUGUCCAGGUUUGAUUUGAUCUAUUUAAUUCUUGACAAGGCAGACGAGCAGACAGAUAGGCGCCUUGCAAAGCACAUUGUGGCACUACACUUUGAUGAUCCUGAUAGUUCAGAGCAGGAUGUGAUCGACCUGCCAACCUUAACUGCUUAUGUAAGCUAUGCAAGACAGCAUAUUCAUCCACAGUUAUCAGAUGAGGCUGCUGAAGAGUUGACUAGAGGAUAUGUGGAGAUGAGAAGAAGAGGAAAUUUCCCUGGAAGCAGUAAAAAGGUCAUAACUGCAACCCCAAGGCAAAUAGAAAGUUUGAUACGCCUUGGUGAAGCUCUGGCCCGAAUUCGGUUAUCGGAAGUGGUUGAAAAGAGUGAUGUAACCGAGGCUUUCAGGCUACUCGAGGUGGCAAUGCAACAGUCUGCAACAGACCAUUCAACGGGAACCAUUGAUAUGGAUCUCAUUACAACUGGGGUUUCUGCAAGUGAAAGGAUGAGACGGGAAAACUUGGUUUCAAACACACGCAACAUAAUUAUGGAGAAAAUGCAACUUGGAGGGCCUUCAAUUCGUCUGUUGGAGUUACUUGAAGAGCUGAAGAAGCAGAAUAAUAAUGCUUCUGAAAUCCACCUUAGUGAUCUUCGAAAUGCAUUGGCUACUCUUUCAAGCGAAGGAUUCGUCACGGUUCAUGGUGACAGUGUAAAGAGAAUAUAGUGAAUGGCUCAAAGUGAGUUAAAUUUGUGGGUGAACUGUUUCAAAUAUUAUGAGAGUUCAUUUCUAAGGUUUGAUUUUACAGUUUGAAUCAUGCUCAAUCAUCUGGAUGUAAACUUGUUAAAGUUGUAUGAUGAAGAAGUUUGACAAACUAUUUCUCAAAUUUAAUUGAUAAUAGUACACUUAAUUAGUUAUUAAUUGUUCAAUUAUGCAUAUAGUAUUAAAAUAUAUUGUAACCAGAAAUGGCUUUGCUCUUUGCCUCUUUGGCAUUUACACUCCCA